AUGAAAUCACUACAACCACUACGUUGUUAUGUUAAAGGAUGUGGUCAAUUGGGAAUAAAUUGCAAUAAAUCAAAUUCGAUUGUUUGUUCAUAUCAUCAUUCCCUUACUAGCAGUUCAAUUCAAAAUAUCCCUACAAGAGUUUCUAGUUUUACAAACAAACAUCGAGUAAUAAAAGGUAUAAAUCUACCGAUUUCAAAUGGAAAGAUUUCAGAAUUGACUAGAAGAAUAAAAAUAAAAGGAAAUUCUAUUGGGGACACUUCAAUAAGUCAGAGUAACCGGCCUUCCAUUGCCCUUAUAAUAAAAGCAAAUGUACAGUCUUUAAUAAUUAGAGAUACACCACUACCUUUUUGUAUAUGGAUAGAUAAGACUAAGACAGUUGGUUGGAACUUGGAUUAUAUUGUUAGAUAUUUGGAGAUAUCUAGACUUAGUGAUGGUUCUAAUACUACUCACAAAUACACAUUUAAUCUGAUACAGGAUGAAGUGAAUCUAGCACCUAUUCCAUUAUGUUGUACUUAUAAUACAUUAAUUAAGUCCAGAGACACUUUAUGUUUGACUUAA